GUAUAAACGCGCGCGCACACGGGUGAUUCCCGUUCAGUUCUCCGUUCGCUUCUCUGCAAGAAACACCGCGCGCGUCCUUGUUCUUCUCGGUGGAUUUGAUGGUGAUGGUGAUGAUGUUCUCCAGGUUGCUCCACGCGCCGCUCCUGGUGCUGCUGCUGCUCGUGGUGUCGGUGUCACGCGCGUUCUCGGGCGGUGAGUACUGCCACGGGUGGAGGGACGCGGCGGGAGCGCGACACCACGGAUUCCGCUGUCCCGAGCGCUACGACGGCGAGGGCGCGCGCUACUGCUGCGGCUCGUGCACGCUGCGCUACUGCUGUGCCGCGCCGGACGCGCGCCUCGACCAGAGCUCGUGCACCGCAGAGUUCGACUUCUACACCGAGGGAGCGAGAAACAUCCCCCCGAGCCUUCCUACCUACCUGCCCUUUGUGAUUGUAGUGAGCGCCUUCCUGUCCUUCAUCCUGCUCGGAACCAUCAUCUCCAUCUGCUGCUGUCAUUGUGUCCAGUCCAAACCCACAGAACGUCCCGGUCCCACCCAUACCACCUUACUGGAAUCCGGUGGUCCGUCGCCUAAAAGCUCCACCCCUUCCUGUACGCCCAUCUCCGGACUCCAUCCUCCUGCGCGCCUAAGUCCACCUGAUCUCAGCGUGUACAGCGCUUUUCCGCCCACAUUCGUUACUCCUCCACUCCACCAAGGGGCGCCGCAGUUCUAUCCGAAUUAUCCAAACUAUCCUCUGCCUCCAGAGCAUACCAUGCUAAUUGCUCCGGCGUUCCUAGACGCCCAUGGACACGUCUCACCCCUCACUCAGAACCCCGUCUACCCCACCAUCACCGUCUGAUGAAGUCACAGGAAUAAAUUAAGCGUUUAGCAUUCUGGUGUUCAGAGGGAAUUUCCAACUCACAUUCCGAGCCAGUGUCUGUUUGCACUCUAGCUGACGUUCACCAGUUAGCUAGCAUUAGCGGUAAAGGUGCUAAUAUUUCCCCAAACACCUUUUUAAACAAUCCUGUCAUGUUUCCUAUCAGCUUGGAUUAGCUGUUAAAGCAUUAACAUUUCUGAA